CGUUCGUUUCGUUUUCCAUCAAAGCAGUCAAAAUGAUGGAAUUAAAUUUAUCACGGGUUGACUACAUACAGGCUGGAGCCACCUCACAAAAAUGCAUGUGUCUACUUCCCUCAGUCAUGGGCAAAACACAGAAGGUGGUGAUGGGAGACCAGGAAGGCUUAUUUCAAUGUAUAGGAAUCAAGAAGGGAGAACCACAGCAUGUAUUCAAGACGAAUGUUUCAAAGAAAAUAAAUCGGGUAGAAUUGGGAGGACCCAUUGGUGGCACACGGGAGCGAAUUUUUCUUGCCGUUGGUUCUGAGGUCAAAGGAUUCACCAAGAAAGGGAAGAAUUUUUUAAAGUUUGACACUAACCUGUCAGAACCUAUCCAAUCCAUAUAUGUUGAAGGAUCUGAAUUGAUGACAUGUGGAAAUUUUGUGUAUAACCAAUAUCAUGAUUGUAAAGACACAAACUACUUCCUGUCUGGUGAUAAGAUUUCCGAUAUUGUAUGUCUGCCAAUGGACCGUAACCCUGAAAUCACCCCUAUUCUUGCUUGUCAGGAUCGUGUGCUUCGAGUUCUCCAGGAAUCUGAGCUGCUAUAUGAAGUAGAAGUACCCGGCCCUCCAACAGUGUUACAGCUAUAUGGUAAUUCAGCAGGAGAGGAUGGGAAUGAGAUAUUGUAUGGAACAUCUGAUGGCAGAGUAGGACUAGUGCAGAUCAGCAAAUUGUGUCCAUCACACAAGUGGGAAUUGCCUAAUGAAAAACAUAACGGAGGCGUGAUGUGUAUGGACAACUUUGACAUCACAGCAGAUGGUGUCCUCGAUCUGUUGUUAGGACGAGAUGAUGGUCAGGUAGAGGUGUACAGUUACGACGAGUCUGAGGAGCCAGUUCACAGAUAUAGCCACACCUGCAGUGAGAGUGUGACGGCCAUACAAGCGGGCAUCGUAGCUUCAGCAGGGUACGACGAGAUUGUCUGUUCUACAUAUCCGGGUUGGUUGAUAGGUCUGACAUCAGAGCAUCUGACAAAAGGCAUGGGCCCAACUGAAGUUGUUGUCACGGCAGCAGCGACCAACAAAAUCUCCAACCUCAAAUCCGAGCUGGAUACUCUUCAGCAAAAAGUCAUGGACGAGCGGGAAAAGUAUCAGCAGACAGCCAACAGUCAGACGGCCAUAUCAGCCAUACCUAACUUCAACAUCAACGACAAGUUUGUUCUCAAUCGGGAGGACGCUAGCUACACUCUUAGUCUGGAGUUACAGAUGCCUAUUGAUAAUGUACUCCUUCAGAGUGAUGUGCCCAUAGAUUUACUUGAUGUGGAGAAGAACUCAGCAGUAGUCAGCUACAGUUCCUGUAACCCAGAGGAUGGUAAUUUUCUGCUGGCAACAUACCGUUGUCAAGCGAACACAACACGACUGGAGUUGAAGAUACGUUCCAUUGAGGGCCAGUAUGGAACCCUGCAGGCCUAUGUCACACCCCGUGUCCAGCCAAAAACCUGCCAGGUCUGCCAGUAUCAGAUUAAACCUCUGUCACUGCACCAGCGGACACAUGUGUUUGAUGACACCAGGCCUCUGAAUACCGUCAAGUUGACAGGACAGUUUAGUCUGGCAGAGAUGCAUUCCUGGGUGUCCUUCUGUCUACCAGAACUCCCCGAGAGAACCCCGCCUGGUGAUGUGCUGACCUUCCACUUUGUAUCAACAUUCCUCGACACCUUACUCGAAUGUGAAUACAAGAAAGGCCAGGCGGUAUUUAAGUCUGACAAUAUUUCAACAGUUUCAAUCCUUAAAGAUGUCCUUACCAAGGAGGCAACAAAGAAGAAGAUCCGACUGGAUAUCACAUAUGACAUUGUGGAGGAUUCAGUGCCCUAUACACUGAAUUUGAUUCAUCCCAAACUUGAAUACCAACUAUUACUGGCCAAGAAAGUACAACUCAUCGAUGCCCUUAAGGAGCUGCAGGUACAUGAAAAUGACAUGAGUUUCAUGUCACCAGAAUAUCGUCAGAUCUUGGAAGAUGCUGAUGCACUCCAGGCCGAGUACAAGCGACAGCCCUGCCAUCUGGAAAGACUGUAUGGAAUGAUAACUGAUCUUUAUAUAGACAAGUUCAAGUUCAAAGGUCACAACGUAAAGGGCAAGGUGCCCGCUCUCCUUGAAGUCCUGGACAACUAUGACCUUCAGUCCCUGGUGCAGUUUUUUGAGUCGGCAUAAUGACAAGGAUAUGUUACAGAGAUGUGACUAUCAUAGAUAUGUUACAGAGAUGUGACUAUCAUAGAUAUGUUACAGAGAUGUGACUAUCAUGGAUAUGUUACAGAGAUGUGAUUGUCAUAGAUAUGGUACAGAGAUGUGACUAUCAUAGAUAUGUUACAGAGAUGUGACUAUCAUAGAUAUGUUACAGAGAUGUGACUAUCAUAGAUAUGUUACAGAGAUGUGACUAUCAUAGAUAUGUUACAGAGAUGUGACUAUCAUAGAUAUGUUACAGAGAUGUGACUAUCAUAG